ACUGUGCCCCUCUGAUACUAGCAGGGACCCCUUGGGCCCUACAGCCUUGCCAUACGGAGCAGCAGUUACUAAGCUGAUUAAUAGCUGCCAUUCCCCUAUAGUGCGCAUGUAUGACUAUGCCUGUCUCCAUGGAGACGCUCCUGUGAUCCGCUCUGCGCUGAUGGCUGCGGCAUUCUCUAUCGAUGUGAUCGGCGCCUCCUCCUUUGGGCCUGAAUGACGCGGUUGCUGCUGGGAGAGAGGUGUCAUGGCGGCGCGCUGCGUAGAUUCACGUGUGCUGUUCGGCGAAGCUGUCAGGGCUGUUCUGGGCAGCUGGCCGGUGCUGCAGAUCGCGGUGGAGAAUGGAUUUGGUGGGCCUCACAGCCAGGAGAAGGCGGAGUGGAUGGUUGGAGCAAUUGACCAGUAUUUUAACUCUAAUGUGGAUCUGGAGCAGUAUGAAGUGGAGGACUCCAUCAUGGGGAUGAUGAAUGAUGAAUUUGACACAAUUGUGGAGGAUGGGAGUCAUUCUCUGGUGGCCCAGCAGCUGUGUCUGUUGUACUCCCAGUGCUGGCAGGGAGACACCGCAGCGGUGCAAGAGAAAAUCACGCAACUGGCCCAAAAAAAGUACGACGUCAAAGCCAAGGUGCAAGAGGUGACGCCCAGUGAUGAUGAUGAUGAUGAAGAAAGCAGUGAUGAUAAAGAGGAGGCCAUGGAUUGUGAGAACACUCCAAGUUCCUCAUAUGCAGCCAGUGCGUCAGGGACUCUCGGGCCCAGCCCAGCUCCUAAGAAGGAGGAAGAAGCAGAGGACGAUGGCUGGACAGUGGUGUGCCGGAAAAAGAAAUGAUCUGCUAAGGGGUUUUUAACAGAUUCCCAGAAAGACUGGUGCUGCCGCUCUGCCACCUAGUGGACAACUUCAAAACAAAGGUGCCUUUGACUUCAUGGAGGCUGGGUUUACAGCAAAGUGGCUGUUCCCUAUCACAAACAAGGGAAAUGUUAGGAGACUGUUGCGCACCACCUUUUUUUGUCCUCAUGUGCUAAUGUAAAUAUAUUAUUUUAUUGCUGGACUUCAAGGGUGUCUUCCAGUCUCCUGGGCUAUGCAGAGGGGGCUGCUACAGUUUGCACAAGCGCAUACAAAAGGGGUUCUAUGCUUCAGAGACUUGGGUGCCUAUGAUGAGUGAAAAAAACAUUAAUGUGUGGCUUUUAAUUGUGAAUAAUAGUAUUUGUAUUCUCUCUCUAAAGAACAAACAAAAAAUAAUUCUUACAAAUGA